UUCAAUUUUCAAAGCACACAACAUGUCAAGUACAGCACGUAAAAGAUAUGAAUCUCUGCUGUUCCAGUAUGAGACAACAAAUAAAACUGAUUUCCGAUAUGGUGCGAUCAAGGAGUAUCCUAAAACUGUUUACAAGCCGAGAGCAAGUCACUCAGUGCGAGGAAGACCUCUAUACAAACAUAUCCACACAAUGGCGGAGUGGAAGGGAGAUCGGCCAAGUUUUGAUUUGAUGAUAACACCUAAAGAAAUUGUUCGAACAAAUCCUAAAGUUGUGCAGAAACCUUUUUCUAAACCAAUUGACGAGGAACGUGAUGAAGUCCAAAAAUCUCGUCCACGGCUAGUGAUGACACCUGCGGUGAGUAUGGACGAUAUAGACGACCCCCAGGCUCGGAACAUUCUGUGUGGAGACAUGUAUAAGAGUCAAAUGAGAAGGGAAUACGUGCCGCUUAACGUAGCAUCGCAAGACAUCAAGGCACCUCUGCCUGGACUGCCAGCGCCUGCAAACCCAAUAACGUUGCCGAAGCUCCAGCCGCCGCUGGUGUCACCGGAGUGGCGUAUGGAGUCGGUUUCCUGGGACCAGAAACAAUUGAGGACUUACUCCGACCACACUCGUGACUUCUGGCUCGGACAAAAAGUGCCUCGAUGUAGAGCGUGUGAAGAAACCGCAAUCGUAGACAAACAUCGAAAAAUGAUAAAACAAGUGAAAAAAUAACUAAAUCUAUUCUUCCGAACUCUUCUCACUACUCCUACAUACGAUGCUGCCAUACUAACCAUAAAUAUUAAAGUGAUAUUUUGGUAAGAUUCAUUUUCUUGGUUCUUACGACCACGAUAUAAAAUUACCUAUUACAUUUCUUUUGAUCUG